CUCCUCCGCCCGUGACCCGGUGACCGUGAGAGCCUCCGCAUCGACAUCGACACUUGGUGGUACAGAAUAAAAAUUGUUCUAAAUAGAUUCUUGAGGGGUUUGGAAAAGCCUGAGGAGGAGCAAGGAUUUGAUGCGAUCAUUGACUGAGGACCUGAGGUGUAAUGAAGGACGAUGGCUCCCCACAACUGCUAGGCUUGGAUUUGGUAAAGACAAAUUCAACAAGGGCACGACGUACAAGCCGGUUUGGUUGUAUAACUCAUCUGAAUUCGGCCUAGACAACGUAACCACUUGUGAAGUUUUCGACUUUAGUACCAACGCUAGGAGGCAACUUGUCCCUGCUUCUCCUUGUCGGAUUCUUGCUUACCAGAGGCCUGUGUAUUUCGAUGGCUCUCUUUACUGGCUCACCGAGUGCCAAGAAACCAAAGUCGUAUCUUUCCAUCUUUACUCUGAAACUUUUCAAGUCAUCUCUAAUAAAGCUCCGUUUCCACAUUUACCUGACCAUUGCAACGUCACCAUGUGCGUCCUUGAUAACCGCUUGUGCGUAUCCCAGAUCUUCUGGCCAACUCAAGUCAUAUGGUCUUUUGAUUCUUCUUCAGGCUGCUGGACAGAAAUGUGUUCAAUCGAUCUCACCGAAACUGUUUCUUGGUAAGGUUUACUUGCAACCACUGGUGAUUCAUGAUCUCCAUACCAAUUCUUUUGAAUUACUCUUCAAACCUGACGAAAAUACCAUCGGACAUUGCGUUUAUUAUUUCGAAAGUUUA